UCCAGGCGCUGGCUCGAUGAUACAGCGGGUAGCAGGGACCCCCUUUUAAAGACGCCAGCGCUAUGUGUGUAAACUGAGCUCAGACAUCGAGCUCGGCUGUGUUUUAUUCAUGAACAGAAAUACGAGGAAGGGACAGAGAAGAAGAAUUCCUAAUGGGAGAUGAAGCCAGUGGACAGAGAGACAAAGCAGCCUGAGGGACGGUUUUGACUCCCAAAGACAGAGAGCAGAUAAAAAGUGUAUUUUGAGGACAAAGGGCCCUUGUGGGCAUUGAGUCGCGUGUUUUGCUGUGGAUCUGUGGGUGUGUGGUUGUGCGUCAGAGGGAGGUGUGUUGUGGUACGAUCAGUUGUGGCGAGAUGUGGACAGUCAGUCCGGCUCUGUUGCAGCGGGGGCCACAUUACACCGGCUUCUCCUGAGUUAUGCUCCUCUUCAAAACUCAAAUACAGACCCAACUAUGAGCCCACAGAGGGAGACGCCUAAAAAAUGACAGAACGACAAAUGGCUUCUACUGAAAGGAGCCUACGUAUCCAGGCUGAUGACGACCUGAAGUCUAUGUUUGUUGGCACAGUGAUGAGAAAAAUCAAAUCUCGCACAUGGAAAAAGCAGCGCUAUUUCCGGCUACAAGAAGACUGCAUGACUAUCUGGUACAAGAGCAAGAAAGCAGGAAAUGCACACUCCACCUUUUCUGUGGGUGAUGUGGAAGCUGUGCGGGAAGGGCACCAAUCUGAGGUUCUGCUCAGCAUUGCUGACGAGUUCCCGUCUGACCGCUGCUUCACCCUUGUGUUCCGUGGUCGACGAGGCAACUUGGACCUAGUGGCCGAAUCAGCAGGGGAAGCGCAAUCAUGGAUUAAAGGGAUACGCAAACUCAUCGAUAACCUGGAGAACAUGGGGCAGAGAGAGAAACUAGACCAAUGGAUCUGUGAUUGGUUUAAAAAGGCAGACAAAAACAGAGAUGGACAGAUGAACUUUAAGGAGGUCCAAGAUCUGUUGAAGAUGAUGAAUGUGGACAUGAACGAGCAUCACGCUCUUCGUCUCUUUACGAUGGCAGACAAGUCUCAAUCAGGAACUCUUGAAGAUGAUGAGUUUGUGCUGUUCUAUAAGAUGUUGACUCAGCGCGAGGACAUCCUGCGAGUUUUUCAGGAAUAUUCGGGUGAUGGGCAGAAGUUAACACUCCAUGAUCUGAAAGAUUUCCUACAGGAGGAGCAGCUACACGAGGACGGAGUUCAGCAGUAUGCACUAAAACUCAUUGAACGCUAUGAACCUUCAGAUACAGCAAGAAUGCUACAAGCGAUGACGUUUGAUGGUUUUCUGAUGUACCUGAGCUCACCAGAGGGCUCUAUCUUCAACCCUACUAUGGUGGAACUCUACCAGGACAUGACUCAGCCUCUUUGUCAUUACUUCAUAUCAUCUUCUCACAACACAUACCUUUUGGAAGACCAAAUCAGAGGACACAGCAGUGUGGAAGGCUAUAUACGAGCACUGAAACGUGGCUGUCGAUGUGUAGAAGUGGACUGCUGGGAUGGACCAAAUGUAGAACCAAUUGUCUACCAUGGACACACGCUCACCUCCAAGAUCUUCUUCAAGGAUGUUGUCACUGUACUUGGCAACUAUGCAUUUAAAGCAUCGCAGUACCCUGUCAUCCUGUCCAUUGAGAACCACUGCAGUGUAGAGCAGCAGAAAGUCAUGGCCCAACACCUCACCCAGAUCCUGGGAGACAAGCUGUUGAAAAGUCCUUUAGAUGGAAAGAUUCCCAUUGGCCUCCCAUCUCCUGAGGAUCUGAAAGGGAAGAUUCUGUUGAAAGGAAAGAAGAUAGGUGGAUUAGAGGAUAGCAUGAAUGUGGUGGAUGACCCUUUGAUGGGAGAAGUGAGCGACGAAGAGGAGACUGCUGAAAUUGAAGAUGACCAUCAUCGCAAUGACAGCAUACGGCGUAGAGUCAAGAAAUCCAAGCAGCGUCUCUCCAAAGAGCUGUCGGACUGUGUGGUUUACUGCAAGAGUGUCCACUUUAGCGGCUUUAAACAUUCACAAAUUCACUCCAAGUUUUACGAGAUCUCCUCCUUUACGGAGUCUAAGGCCCGGAAACACGUCAGGGAGACAGGAGCGGAGUUUGUUCUCCAUAACGCUCGUCAACUGAGCCGGGUUUACCCCAGUGGUUUGAGAACUGACUCAUCCAACUUCAACCCACAGGACAUGUGGAACGCAGGGUGCCAAAUUGUUGCUCUGAACUUUCAGACCGCAGGGGUUGAGAUGGAUCUGAACGAUGGCUUAUUCAGUCAGAAUGGACAUUGUGGCUACAUACUGAAACCAGCAUUCAUGCGCAACUUUGACGAGAGGUUUGACCCAGAAAACCCCCAAAACGACGGUUACAAGCCGCUCAGCCUGUCUAUUCAGGUAAUCAGCGGCCAACAGCUUCCCAAGGUAAACAUCAAGGAGGGCUCAAUCAUUGAUCCCCUCGUUCGGGUGGAAAUUCACGGCGUACCACUGGACCAGGCCAAGCAGGAAACCAGAUACAUUGAUAACAACGGUUUUAACCCAAUAUGGCAUGAUACGCUUCAGUUCACAAUUCACGUCCCUGAAUUAGCGCUGGUACGGUUUGUCGUGGAGGACUAUGAUAAAACAUCAAAGAAUGACUUUGUGGGACAGUUCACUCUCCCUUUCACCUGUAUUCAGCCAGGAUAUCGUCACAUUCAUCUCCUGUCUAAGGACGGCACCAGCAUACCUCCUUCCUCGCUAUUUGUUAAUGUCCGUAUAACAAAACUAACGUAAACUGACUUAAUUUAAUUUGGCACGCACGAAAGAAACUAAAAAAUGCAACAAUUUCAAGUCUUCCCAGACAACACUUGUUUUCAGAAUGCUGACAUUCUAAUAAGUACAGUAAAAAUGUAUUAAAAAGCAACAAUGUACAAGUUUAAGGUAAAGUUGUGUUGCUAUAGAUUUAGUUCAUUUGUACGCCAAAUCAUUUUAUAGUUAUUUUAUUUACUGUUAUUAAGAUUUGUGUGAUUGUAAGGUGCUGUAUCUAAAUAUAACUUCAAUGCGAUACAUGGCCAGGUUGUGUUUUAACUUUAAAAUUAAAAGGAAAAUAGAAAAUUAUAUUUGUAUAAGGAAUUCAUCCUAUUUUGGUUUGUUUUUAGGACUAAAAUAUCGAUUGUAUUCCUUAAAUUUUAGGUUGAAAUAUGCACAGCAAAAUAUAAUUUGUCUUGUUUUCCAGGACAAACAUCUAAACGUUCUUAAAUUACGAUACAUUUACUUGAGAUGUCUUCUGAAAAACAAUACCAUAAUUGAGUGAGUUUUUGCUUAAAACAAGAAAAAAAUUUACAAUAAAAAAGAAGGAAAGAAGGGAAACAAUACCAGUGGUGUCAGAAAAGUUGGUUUCCUUUUGAAUUAUUUUUUUAUUUUCUUGUUUAAAGCAAAAACUAAACAUAUUUUGGGACAUUUUUCAAAAAACAAGAUUUAUAAAUGUAUCUUGAUUUAAGAAUGUUUAGAUAUUUGUACUAAAAACAAGACUUUUUUUUGUUUUUUUUUGCAGUGUGACCUGGAUAUUUCAUAUAAGAUUCACCCAAUGUAAUUUUUACCAUGCAUGACAAGCCUUUACAUCUUGCUUUAUGUAUUUUAGAAAUAUUUCAAUAGAAAUAGUUUUGGUUUUUUUAAUCGUACCACUACAUUUCAGUAGUACUUACAGUGGUGUGUGUGUGUUAACUGCUCCUUUGGAAUAAAGUACAGAGAUAAUGGGCUCAAGGGCUCAAUUACAAUCUUACUUUGGCCCUGAAGUGCCUCAGGGGCCAGACUCAGUUACACAAAGAUUCAGAAGGAGGGCAGUGAAAAUUACCCCAUCUGUUCCCACCUCCACCUACAGUACCUGGAUACAGUAUAUCAUCGUAUACAUUUCAAAAUACAUAUACCAGUACUCUUAAAAUGCACCUAAGAUGUAUAAGAGAACUUAAAGUAGAUUAUUCUGAAUCACGUCAAGACAUUUGUUAAGUCAAAUGUAUGCUGCUGGACUAAUAGUGUUAUAUUUUUGUAUUUCUAAUCUGUGUAUGAGCUGGAUCUAUAUACCGUUUUUGUAAUAUUGUUCAGUAACUAUCGGUCAACUGUCUGUUUUGCUUGUGUAUAUAUGUACGUAUGUAUUUAUUUGCCAUAUUCAUCAAAGAAUAAAGAAUUUUG